CGAUCGAAUUUCUGUUUUCACCCGCUCUCACUACGCUCUCCCGGAAGGAUGAGAUGAGGGGUAGGCUGGAAGGUGCGCCCGUGAGCUUACAUCUGCUCCAGCCCAACCAUCGUCCGAGCUUCAGGGAGCGGGGCCAAUUGUCACACCUACCCUCCUCCCUCCUCAAGAAGGACAGCCCUCGCAGCCCACUCCAACUUUGUCCAAGUUCAAAACUUGGCCCUCCUGGCCCCCCUCCCGUCACAUUUUGGCAGUCGAGGAGGGGGGGGGGAGGAGCCACAAUGGUGGCGAAAGAGGAGGAUGAAAGGGAGAAUGAAGAUGACGAAGAGGAGCAAGCCUCCUCGGAAGAUGCGGAAGAAGACCCUUCCCGACAACCACAACGAUAUCGGGGAGACUCGGAGGAUUGUUUGGAAGAGGAAGCUUCCUCCGAAGAACACUCCUCCGUGGAAGAGGAGGAGGAGGAUGAGGACUACGAUGACUUGGACGUCACGUACAGCGACAACGACAACGAUGCCGGUGAGGAAGACAAGGAAGAGGAGGAUAAGGGUGGCCUAAUUACCGUCGAUAACUGCAUCCCGAUUACUGAAUGA